AUGGAUUCCAGCGCCAAUGCCACCUUUGGUGCGGCAUUCAUUGGAUUUGGAGCCUCUUGCGUACUGCUGGGAACCCUCAGCACCCAGAUGUACACCUACUUCUGUCGCUAUCCGUUAGAUCGUCCGUUUUACAAAUGCCUCGUUGCCGCGCUAUGGCUACUGGAAGUUGUUGACCAAGCAUUCAUUUCUUACGCGGUCUAUUUCUACCUUGUCACCAACUGGGACAACCCGCUCAUUAUUUUAGAAAGCCCCCACUGGAGCCUCAUCCUUCAAGUCACGUUAGGUGCUACUGCAGGCGCUAUAGUGAAGGCCUGUUUUGCCAUGCGUGUUUAUAGAUUCAGCAACAGUAACGUUUGGGUCACUGGGUUUAUUCUCCUUCUCACGUUCGCACAAUUGGCGAUGGCAUCUGUGUACACGGCAAGGGCGUUUAAGAUACCCAACCUCCUGGUACUAGCGGACAUCAAGGUUGUCGGAAGUAUUUCCUUGGCCCUGGGCGUCGCCACAGAUGUUGUCACUGCUAUGGCGCUCUGCUAUUUUUUGCGGAAGUUACGUACAGGUUACUCUAAGGAUGAUUCACUUGUCAAUAGCCUAACCCUUUACGCUGUGAACACUGGGGUACUCACCAGUGCGGUCAGCCUGACCACUCUUAUCUUGUACGAUAUCAUGCCACAGAAUUUCAUUUUUAUGGGGCUGUACUUCGUUGUGAGCAAAUUGUAUGCGAAUUCAUUCCUCGCAACUCUCAACACACGUACAGUUUUACGUGGCCGUGGUACCGAUGGCGAUCACGCUACUAUGCCGACCUUCCUGAUGGUGGAGAAAGUUACUAAACAUGGCCUGGAACAAGAUACAGAGCUCACUUCCGGAACUAAUCUGGAAGUCGACGUGCAUCAAGAAGUUCAAAUUGCUAGGGAUUCUUACUUCGUUCAGGAACACCAGUACGCCGUUGCGUGGUAG